AUGCCGGUGGCGGGGAGAUCCACCGCGGCGGUAGGAGGAGGAGGAGGGAGGAUGGUGCUGGGGGGCGGCGGCGGCGCUGGCCCGGGGGCGGAGGACGCGGUGGUGAUGGAGCUGGCGGCGGGGGACGGCGAGGACAGCGUCGUCACCGUCAACUGCCCCGACCAGGCCGGCCUCGGCUGCGACCUCUGCCGCACCAUCCUCGAGUUCGGACUCCGCAUCACACGCGGCGACGUGUCCACGGACGGGCAAUGGUGCUACGUGAUCUUCUGGGUGGUGCCGCGCUCGCAGUCCAUCAACAUCAGAUGGGGGAGCCUCAAGAACAGGCUCAUGUCCAUGUGCCCUUCGUCCUACAACAUACCGUUCUACCACGACAUCAACCCGCCGGGGCCCCCGCAGUUCUACCUCCUCAAGCUCUUCUCCGACGACCGCAAGGGGCUGUUGCACGACGUGACGCAUAUCCUGUCGGACCUAGAGCUUCUAAUCCAGAGAGUCAAAGUGUCGACGACGCCUGACGGGAGAGUUGUGAACCUCUUCUUCAUCACUGACGGCAUGGAACUGUUGCAUACCAAGGAAAGGCAAGAAGAGACCUGCUCGAUGCUGAUCGAUACCUUGGGCCCUUCCGUAAGUUGUGAGAUCUUAUCAGCGGAAGGGUUCCAGCAAGGAUUCUCUUCUCUUCCGCCGACAAUCUCCGAAGAACUGUUCAGGCUGGAACUAGAUGACUGUGAGAGCAGUUCAGGAUCUCUUUCGGCCGAGAUGAAGAAGGUGCAGAAGGCCAGCAUCAAAUUUGACAAUUCCCUCAGUCCUGCGCACACGCUGCUCCAGAUUAUUUGUGUUGAUCAGAAGGGGCUCAUUUAUGACAUGUUGAGAACACUCAAGGACUGCAACAUUAAGGUAACUUAUGGGCGAUUCUGGUCAGACAAGAAAGGUUUUCGAGAGGUAGAUCUUUUUAUCAAGCAAGCAGAUGGCAAGAAGGUUAUUGAUUCUGAGAAACAGGAUGCUCUGCAAUCACGCAUGAGGUCCGAGAUGCUCCAUCCUCUGAGGGUGAUGAUUGUCAACCGUGGACCUGACACAGAACUCCUUGUGGCCAACCCUGUUGAACUAUCUGGGAAGGGGCGGCCACGUGUAUUCUAUGAUGCUACUUUGGCUCUGAAAGCGCUUGGAAUCUGUAUUUUCUCCGCUGAAAUCGGAAGACAGACAGCAUCGGAGCGCCAGUGGGAGGUCUACCGGUUCCUGCUGGAGGACAGCAAAGAAUUUCCCUUAUCAAACAGCCUAACUAAUAGGAACCGUGUUGUCGAUAGGGUAAGGAAAACACUGAUGGGCUGCUUCAACUGAUGACUCGAUUUCUAUCUCCAUGAAUCAAAAGCUUAAGAAAGCAUCCAAUGUACCCGGUUAAUCACCUACUGAAAGCUAAAGCUUGAAAGUGAUUGCUGCAGUAGGUCAAUGUGUCCAGUUAAUUACCUACCGAAAGCCCAAAUUACGGCUA